AUGUUGGGGUACAGAAUAAAAAGGAGUAAGAAGAAAAGAAAGCGUUCAGCUGUAGCACCCUUCCGGUGUCUAGCUGCCACGCCAUUCGAAGGAAGCUUGAGGGCUAGGAUACUGCCAGGUUGCCCAAGCCUAGACAGGAGAAGUCGAGUGGCGGAGGUCGGAUUCAAACCACGAACCGACUCAGUUCCGACUCUGAUCCAUCAUUCCCACGUGACACACUCCCACAAAGUAUUCACGGAAACCAUGAACUCUGUGCUGGCCGUGUUUACCUUCCUGUCAAAUGACCUGAAUUAUGAAUCAGACGCUUUUACCGCUAGUGUAACAAGCGUAAAGAAUACGCAAACCGCAAUCGUUGGCCAGUUUGACAAAUUGGAGGAACUUUGCAAAAAUUGCCUGAAUCACGAAACAUCAAACGAAUUUAACAUUAAAGAGCUUGUCACUACCGACCGUCUUGAUAGUGAUCAAGUGUUUGUAGCGUCCUCCGGAUCAUUUAGCUUUUAUUUAUGGUUGAUCCGCGGCACGCCAGCAGCUGCAUGGCCCGUUCUUGAGUUUGGCAAACUGCAGGCUUACAAAUUGGCAGCGGAUGUGUUCCAAAUGAAACAACCUACUGGAUGUGCCCUGAACGAUGACGAUAAGGAAGCCGACGCAAUGAUUAACAAACUAAAAGAUUUGGUGAACAAUAUGAAGAAGUUUAAUAUGGAGCUGCCGAGCACGAGGUAUUCAAUAAAGAAAAACAGUAAGUGGUACCCCGAAAUUCUGGUCAUCUUUUUGAAUAUUUAUACAACAGUUUCGAAAAAUAUCCAAUACCCUUGGUAA